AUGCGCUGCGGCUCGGGGACGCCGCGCGGGCGGUCGAGUACCUCCCUGCACCCGACGUUCCGGUUUGACGAUGCCGGGUAUCCCGUGGGCGGCACGCGCGUGCCGACGCCGUACUUUCCCAGCGCGGGAAGCCUGCUCAUGGCGGUGGCCAUGAUGGCGGGGGGCUGGGACGGGAGCGAGGGCGCGCAUUUCCCCGAGGCGUGGACGGUGGCUGUAGAGGGGUUCGUGCCGGGCCUGUAG